AUACUUUCAAUUUUUUAAAGUUCCUUAAAACCCUAAAAUUCCCUAAAUUUUUAACCAAACAGAACACUGAAGCAAUCUCUUCAAAUUAAACAAACUACAAGCCCUAAUUUUCCCGCUAAACCUAAAAUUCUCAAUCAACUAGAACAAAUGGUACAAUUCCACGAGCACAUAAUCUCCGACCUCAUAGAAGACUCAAAUGGCGGUUUAGUGAUCCUUUCUUCAGGUCUUUCACUCUAUAAACUCAUCGCAAUCCUUCUUUCUCUUCAUUCUUCCGAUCAAGGUACCCUCUUAAUCCUCUCUGCUAAUCCUUCUCAACGAAAAUCAAUUUCAAUUUCAUACCCUAACCCUUAUUCCGAUGGCGGACCAAUUGAAAUAACUUCAGAGCUUCCAUCUCAUCAGCGAAAUUCACUUUAUUCAUCUGGUGGUAUUUAUUUCAUUACUUCUCGUAUUUUAAUUGUUGAUCUUCUCACUUCGAAGAUUCCCACAUCGAAAAUCGCUGGGAUUAUUAUUCUCAAUGCGCACUCGUUGUCGGAGACGUCGACGGAGGCAUUUAUUGUUAGAAUUUUGAGGUCAUUGAAUAAGAAUGCUUAUAUUAGGGCUUUUUCUGAUAAGCCUUUUGCUAUGGUUUCUGGGUUUGCUAAAGCAGAGAGGAUUAUGAAGUGUUUGUUUGUUAGGAAGUUGCAUUUGUGGCCUAGGUUUCAAGUUUAUGUUUCGCAGGAACUCGAGAGGAAUCCAUCAGAGGUGGUGGAUAUUAGAGUUCCAAUGAAUUCGGCCAUGAAAGGAAUUCAAAAGGCUAUAAUUGAAGUUAUGGAUGCUUGUUUGAAGGAAAUGAAGAAAACUAAUAAGGUUGAUGUUGAGGAUUUGACGGUUGAAAAUGGGUUGUUUAAGUCUUUUGAUGAGAUUAUUAGGAGACAAUUGGAUCCUAUUUGGCACACCUUAGGGAAGAAGACUAAACAGCUUGUUUCAGAUUUGAAGACUUUGAGGAAGUUGUUGGAUUAUCUUGUCAGAUAUGAUGCAGUGACUUACUUGAAGUAUUUGGAUUCAUUGAGGGCUUCAGAGAGUUUUAGGUGUGUCUGGAUUUUUGCAGAAUCAAGUUAUAAGAUAUUUGAGUACGCAAAGAAGCGAGUUUAUGUCUUCUCUAGAUUAGAGGCUGGGAAGUCAAUUGGGCAAAGUGAAAACGUGUCUGGAAAAAAGAGGAAGUCGAAGGAUUGCAACUAUGAGAAAAAUGGUGGAGAAGUUCUUCAAGAGAUUCUAGAGGAACCACCAAAGUGGAAGGUUUUACGCGACAUUUUAGAGGAGAUUGAGGUAGAGAGACAAAAACAAGCAUCAAGUGGUGAGUUUGUUAAUGCAAAUGAAGACGAAAACAAUGGAAUCGUUUUAGUCGCAUGCAAGGAUGAACACUCAUGCAUACAGCUCGAGGAAUGUAUUACAAAUGGCCCAAAGAAGGUUAUGCGGGAAGAAUGGGAGAAGUACUUGCUGAGCAAAGUAGAGUUGAAAGGUUAUCAAGGACGGCAUAAAGGUGCUAAAAAGAAAGCAAAAGAGCCUAAGGGUUUUGGUAUACUUGAUGGCGUUGUUCCGAAAACAGUAAAAGAGGAUGGCGAGGCUAGUAGCAGCAUUAACAAGCAGGAAAAUGAUGCACUUCUCGCUGCUGCAUCAGCAAUAAGAAGUUCUUCUAAGAAAGAAACAGCAUUUACAGAUCCUUGUCAACUUGUUGGCAAUGAAAUAAAUGCACUAAGAAAAAGAAAUAAGAAAGGGAAGAAAUGUUCUCAGGUGGAAGAGAAUUUAGAAAAGAAAAAUAAAGCUUCUAGUUCUGCUAAUGAAGGGGAGGGAUCUGUUGAUAAAAGCAUAACUAAAGAUGGUCCAGCUGAUGGCAAGCAAAGAAAUCUGUUUUCUCUAAAUGGGGUUCUUAGGAGACACAAGGAAGAAUUUUGUCCCGAUGCUUCUACAAACCGGAGGCCACUACCUCCGGUGCAUUUUCACGCCCUAGAAAGUGAUUUGUCUAUACUUGACAUUUUGAAGCCAUCUGUUAUAAUUAUUUACCACCCUGAUAUAACCUUUGUCCGGGAAGUGGAGGUCUACAAUGCUGAAAAUCCUUCCAAAAGGGUGAAAGUUUACUUUCUUUUCUAUGAAGAUUCGACAGAGGUGCAGAAGUUUGAGGCAAGUAUACGCCGUGAAAAUGGAGCCUUUGAGUCUUUGAUCAGGCAAAAGUCCAUGAUGAUGAUUCCAAUUAAUCUGGAUGACCAUCUUCUGGGUUUGAAUGCUCCCAUUGAGCCACAAUCUUCAAUGGCUCUAAACUCAAUAACCAGAAAAGCUGGUGGAAGAAAGGAGGCUGAGAAAGAAAUGCAGGUUAUAGUGGAUAUGAGAGAGUUCAUGAGCAACCUUCCAAAUGUUCUCCACCAGAAGGGUAUGCGCAUAAUACCUGUCACUUUGGAAGUUGGUGAUUACAUCCUUUCCCCUUUAAUAUGCGUGGAAAGGAAAAGCAUCCAGGAUCUUUUUGGAAGUUUUGCAUCUGGAAGGCUUUAUCACCAAGUUGAGAUCAUGGUGCGAUAUUAUAAAAUUCCGGUUCUCUUGGUCGAGUUUUCACAAGAUAAAAGCUUUUCUUUUCAGUCAUCAAGUGAUAUCGGUGAUGAUGUUACACCAAAUAACAUCAUUUCAAAGCUCACAUUGCUAGUAAUGCAUUUUCCCCGCUUGCGGAUUGUCUGGUCUCGUAGUUUGCAUGCAACAGCCGAAAUAUUUGCCUCUCUAAAAGCUAAUCAGGAUGAACCUGAUGAAACUAAGGCAAUGAGAGUUGGUUUACCUUCAGAAGAGGGAAUUGUGGAGAAUGAUGUGAGAGCUGAAAACUACAAUACAUCUGCUGUGGAGUUUUUGAGACGUCUGCCCGGCGUCACUGAUUCAAACUACAGAGCUAUAAUGGAUGAAUGCAAUUGCUUAGCUGAUCUGGCUCUUCUUCCAGUUGAGAAGCUUGCUGAUCUGAUGGGCGGACAAAGAGCUGCUCGUACCCUCAGGGAGUUUCUUGAUGCCAAGUACCCAACUAUGUUAUGAUGCUUCAUUCUCACAAUUUGCAUCUGAAAAUGUGCUGCGGCUUGUAUGCAAAUCUUACGGGGCAAGUGGUUUCGGUUCUAUUAUGCUAGAAACCGAGAGGUAUUGCAAGAUUAACAUUUAACGUCCGAGUCACUAGCAGACUGGCAGUGUGAAAGCCUAGAAACUGUUUCGUAAAUAAUUGGAGUUCUUGAGCCCUUGAAUUUGGGGAUAUUCUGUUGGUGAUGUGAUUUCUAGAGCUCAACCAUUGAGUUUGUUUGGCUAAUUUGUUAGGUGUUUAGUAUGUUGAAAUUUAUGUAUCAAGUUAACUCAGGGUUCUUUGAUUUGUAAAUGAGAUCUUAUUUUUUAUUGAAAGAUAUUUUUAUAAGUCACAUGGUAUUAA